CGUCAACACGCAGACCGGUGUUCGUUUUCCGCGCCGCGCUACUGUUGCUCAGGAGCCGACAUGGAGCAAGCGAGCACCAGCGACAGUAAAGCUGAAGAGCAGCCCGCAGAUGAGGGGGUGGAGGCGGACCGGUCCAUGUCACGGUCCGACAGCGGCAGCGGAGACGAUUCCUUGGACGGCCUCCAGCACCACGUCGCCGCCCGCUGCCCUCUGACCCCGUCUCUGUCGCCACGGAAGCGGACCACGAGCCAGUCAAAGACGGAGCCGCCGCUGCUGAGGACCAACAAGCGCACCAUCUACACCGCGGGACGGCCGCCGUGGUACAACGUCACCGGGACAACCUUCAAAGAGGCCUUCGUUAUCGGUUUGUGUGGAGGAAGUGCGUCCGGUAAAACCACGGUCGCCAAUAAGAUCAUCGAAGCGCUGGACGUCCCCUGGGUGGUUCUGCUGUCGAUGGACUCUUUCUACAAGGUGUUGAAUAAAGAGGAGCAGGAGCUGGCAGCGAAGAACGAGUAUAACUUCGACCACCCCGACGCCUUUGACUUUGAGCUGCUCGUCACCGUCCUGCGCAAACUGAAGAAGGGGAAAAGCAUCAAAGUGCCCGUGUACGACUUCACGUCUCACUGCAGACGCAAAGAAUGGAAAACGGUGUACGGCGCCAAUGUCGUCAUCUUUGAGGGAAUCCUGGCCUUUGCCAACAAGGAGCUUCUGAAGCUCCUGGACAUGAAGGUGUUUGUGGACACAGACUCGGACAUCCGCCUGAUACGGAGGCUGAAGAGGGACAUUUCCCAUCGUGGGCGGGACAUCAGCGGCAUCAUCAAACAGUACAAUAAGUUUGUGAAGCCGGCGUUUGAGCAGUACAUCGAGCCCACGGUGCAGGUCGCUGACAUCGUGGUGCCCAGAGGUGGAGAGAACUUUGUAGCGCUGGAUUUGAUUGUGCAGCAUGUUCACAGUCAGCUGGAGAAGAGGAAGCUGCGCUGGGACAUAUCAGCUCUGGCCUCGGCUCAUCAGGGUCAGCCUUUACCCACAACCCUCAGCGUGAUGGAGAGCACACCACAGGUGCGCGGUAUGCACACAAUCAUCAGGAACAAGGAGACAAACCGGGACGAGUUCAUCUUCUACUCCAAGAGAUUAAUGAGGCUUUUGAUCGAACAUGCCCUCUCCUUCCUUCCUCUCAAGCCCGUGUCUGUGGAGACGCCACAGGGCGGAGUCUAUGACGGCAAGAGGCUGGGCGGUCAACAAAUCACUGGCGUGUCCAUUCUCAGAGCAGGAGAGACCAUGGAACAGGCUCUGAGAGCCGUGUGCAAAGACAUCAGACUGGGAAAGAUCCUGAUCCAGACCAACCACGAUACUGGAGAACCUGAGCUUCACUACCUCCGUUUGCCCAAAGACAUCAGCGAGGAUUACGUCAUCCUGAUGGACAGCACCGUGUCCACGGGAGCGGCCGCUCUCAUGGCCGUCAGAGUCCUGCUCGACCACGACGUCGCUGAGGACAAGAUCUUUGUGCUGUCGCUGCUGAUGGCGGAGAUGGGCGUGCACUCGGUGGCCUACGCGUUCCCUAAAGUCCGCAUCAUCACCACCGCCGUGGACAAGGAGGUCAACGAGCAGUUCCACAUCAUUCCAGGCAUCGGUAACUUUGGAGACCGUUACUUUGGCACAGACGCUCCGUCAGACUGGUGUGAAAGUGACGAGGGGAUGGACUUCUGAAGUGACGGCCAAUCGCGGACGAGGGGGAGGGGUGUGUUCCACGAAAGCACUUGAAUCAUUAGAACAAUGAUGGGAUGUUCUACAGUGAGGAGAUCAGAGGUCAGCAAGGAGAACAGAGGUCAGCGAGCUGAAGCCUUGUGGACGUUUCCACACGUCCUCGUUUCUGUUUUACAAGCAAACGGCUUCUCGACGUCAGUCUGAAAAAGGCUUUUCCCGCCUCAUUUUAAGCUUGAAUUUUUAACCACAGUAAUGUGUUUUACAACUAAACAGGAUUUCUGCUCGAGCCACGUGACACUUUUGAGGCGUUUGAGACACUUUUCCUCUCGCGUCGCGCUCCCGUAGGUUUUUUUUUUUUUUUUCUUGUGGUGGCGUCUUCGACUGUUGGACCAAAACGAUGCGACGACCAUUGACCGUCUUUCAAAAUCUCUUAAUCCUCACUCGUAGGAACAGAUUUUGUCAUUAAAAAAUAAAACACUUUUUUGGGUUUAAGUCAGGAUUUAAGUCAGACAUCGUCAAUAAAUCGGAAUCUAACAAAUAAUUUGCACAAAGACAAUGCUCUUCCGUCUUGAAACAAAUCUCUGGCAUGUUUGUAGCUGCUACGGAGUUUAACGUUCAAUUUCUUUGCAUCAUAAAAAGCUCUUAGUCAGAAUUACUAGUGUAGUUAUAGCUUUGUUUUCUCAGGCAACUUUCUCUGAAACACUUGAACAAGAGGAGGCGUCAAAAUUGAGGCAACGCCCCCUGUCUGUGCAUGGCGUUAAUUGAAAUCGUUUAGGAUUCAGUAGUAUUUCUAACACUUCCUGUGGAGACUUACACAGGGCUGUGUGUUUUUAAAAGUGAGGUUUGUGUGAAGUAUUUAUGGAAAAGCCAUUGUGUUGCAUUCAGGCAAACAGAAUCCAUGUUGACUUGAAUCUACGGUAUUUUAAGAACGCGUUCACUGCUGUACCAAACCAGCUCCUGUGAUCCCAUGAGCUAAAAUCGUUGAUUUUCUCUAUGGAGUCUGGUGCACAGUUUACAUUCGACACAAACUUAGUUUUUUUCCCCCAAUAGGAAAUUAACACCAAGAUAAAGUAGCAUAAAUAUAUUCUUUAAAUAGAUUACACCUAAGUUGGUGUACAUUUUACAUGAGCCUUAAGUUAAAAGGGUAGUUCUGGGGUUUUCUUUUCAAGUAUCAUUGACAUAUAAUCAACAACGAUGUUGCCAUUUCUGUAAAGACAUGGACACUCAUCGUCAACAUGGCUGCCAACAAGGAAAAGCCACUUAAAACAAGGUUUACACACACUCGCACACACACGCACACUAAACUCCAUAGAGAAAAUCAGUGUUUUUAGCCCACAGCGACACAGGAGCUGCUGGUCUACUGCUGGCUCUUGGGCCUUGUGUGGUCAGUUUGUGUCGCCACAGUGAAUCUGAACAAAGGUUUUCUGACACUGAACUGGUUCAGUUAAGUUCAAACGGACGCGUUAGAACUUAACUGACGAAGGCAGCGGUGGGUCAACGACUCAUGCGUCCCUGUGACGUAAAAUCGCUGUUUUCUCUAUGGGGUUUGGUGUGGGAGGGUCACUGCAGCAACGUUACAGUCAAAUACAGAUGUGUUCAUGUUUGACGUUUAGUUAAGUGGAAUAUUAAACAUUAAUAAUCCCAUUUUAUAUAUAUUUUUAGCUGCAGUCUUAUAAUCAUAUGUACUUACAUUAUACUGUAUAAACAGUAUAUAAAUACUAAAAAGGGGCGAUUUGAAGUCACAUAGUGUAAACGAUGACCAACGCUGCUGCGUCACACUGCCUGUUAAAAAACCCCGAUGCUUCACAGUUGUCAUAGCAACCACAAAAAAAUAAAUUUUAAUGAGAGAGACUGAUCCAUGAAGGAGUGUAUAACCAAACCUUGUUUAUUUUUUUAUUUCUAUUGUUUUCUUUUGUAAUUUAUUACAUUGUUUGCAGAUAUUCUGCAUCUUGACAAUUUCCUUGAAAUGACAUCGCCAAAAUAACUAAAUUUUUAGUCCAUUUCAUGUGUUUUUAAUACUGAGAUGCAUUUACCGUCAGUUUUUACACCAGGUUUAUUAAAACUGCGUUGGACUGCCAUCGGCCACGAGUCAUCGAUGUCGGCUGCGUUCAAUUCAGUUAUUCUCAACGCCAUCACUCUUCUCAGUUGUUACACUUUUCCUCGUUACUGCUGCUGCUGCUGCUGAUGAGCUGACGGUCAAAACAAAAACAGCUUCAAACAUGUGUGUAAAUUACUUGAAAUAAAAAUGUCAAUAGUACUGUAUGUCGCAACACCUCGCUCUUUUCUUUUUUUUCAAAUAUGUGGAUUGCAGGUGUUUACCUCACGACAAAGAGACUGAUAUUAAAGUUAUUGUUCCAAA